UUCCCAUUAUACGGCGAGCCUCCAAGUACCGAGCACCUGUGCGCGUACAAAGGGCAAACCAAAGCCACCUGGGCAGCGCGCUUUCGGCCUUCAACCCCGCAAUCUCGUCGCACCCUCGACCCCGGGGUCGUGGCGCGCCCCCGAUCGGGCCCAGAGCAGCCACUUUGGACGCCAAACUCCGCCUCUCGCGGGUUUCCCCGAGAGCACCGCCGCGACGGGGAGCGCCCGCUCGCUCUCACUCGCAGCCAGCAGCAUUCACUCAGUUUACCAAUAAGUGCGAGCGGCUUAGAAUGGCGUCCGGUGCCUCCGUCUGAAGACCCCGAGCUUUUACCCUUUGCAAAUUCACAACCGCGGUGAACUCGAUCGCAGCAGCAAUGUCGUGGCGCAGCAAUUCGGCCGCUGCGAUGACCCAAGGUGCUGACGCGGGCAGUGGUGUGCUUUCAGACUGGUCUUCCAAAUGCGAGGACGAGGACAACCUGGACUCAGGACUGGUGGCCUCUGAGCAGUCGCUCACGUCUGAGCAGGGCCUCAGCGGCAAGAGGGACUCGGCCUUCCACGAGUCCGAGGAGAACUUGUUGUCCAGCGCCUCCUCCAUGCGGUACGACCACCAGGACUCCGGCCUCGGACUCCACGAGGGACUCAACGACCACUUCAGCGGGCUCAGCCUCAAGUCGCACCUCAACGACCUCAAUGCGCCCCCGUCGCCCACCAGCACCACCUUCACGCCGUCCUCGCCAACGGGGUCGUGCCAAAAGGUGCCCCUGUCGCCGCAGAAGGAAAUUCUACCUGAACCCCGAAAUUUGGGUCUGGACGAUCUUUACUUCGACCAGGAUGAGGAUGGAGACACAAAUUUGCACAUCGCCAUCAUUCAAGGCUUCAUUGAAGCUGUGUACAGCUUAAUUCGGAUGGCACCAGAUCCACAAUAUCUGGACAUACCAAACAACUACCACCAGACACCUCUUCACUUAGCUGUGUUGACGCAGCAAGAGCGAAUCGUUCGCGCCCUUUUGGUUGCCGGGGCCUCUCCAAAUUUGAGGGACCGAAACGGAAACACCGCCUUGCACCUGGCCAGCGAGCAGGGUUUCUCCAAAUGUGUUCACGCCCUUUUGCAGCCCAUUACUGUGGAGGAAAUGUCCACCUCGGGGCUUGUCUUCAACGCGCCAAGAUACAUUUCGAAGCAAGUGUUGCUUGAGGAGCAAAAUUAUGACGGUCAGCACUGUGUUCACUUGGCAGCCGCUGGCGACCAUGCAGAUGUAUUGAGACGUCUCGUGUGGGCAGGGGCCAACAUCAAUGCUAGAGAACUGAAAUGUGGGCGGACACCUUUGCACAUAGCGGCCGAGCGCAGCAAACGGAACGUGUGGGAGGCGAUUUUGAAGGACCACAACUGCAGUCAGCUGGUCGACUGUUCCCUGGAAACCUACUCGGGGUACACGGCCUACCAACUGGCCCUGUACGCCGACCGGAGCCUGGCCGCCGAGCUCUCCAAAAGGGGCUUCGCCAGCGCCCUGCCCGUUGACGACGAGUCCGACUCGGACGAUGACAUGAUUCUGGGUCAGCAACCUGUUGAGGGGUUCUUCGGAGGGUUCAACAACUUCCUAACCUCAAGUCGUCCAAUCAUGAGCGCCUAACUUGGAGGACGAACAAAGUGAUUUCGGGCAAAAGUAAUAGGGUCACAAUUGAUUAGGAAGAGGACAGUUUAGUUUUAAGGGGAGAUAAAUGCAUCGCUGAUGAAGUGAUACAGUGACCAAAAUAUUUUAUGUAAAUUGAACAGUAAGAUACACUGGCCAUUACUAAGUAAAAAGACUGUGUACCACAUAAUUGAUCGCAACAUGCAGUGAGUGUGACGGCGCGGAAACUUUUCAAACUGACUCGGAACGAACUUCGCGUGUCUCCGAUUUCCGAGUGUUGGCAAGAGAGGAACCGGAGGGCGUGAACGAACUUCUUGUACUUUUAAAAAUUAUAUAAUUUCUCUUGUAAAAUAUUACCUUGUUUUCGUCUCUGUUAUAGCAUAAUAUUAUGUAAACCAUGACACACACACUCGCAGAAGUUAUGAAUUAAAGAAAAAUAAUCGAAUGUGUUGCUCCAUUCACAGAAAAUAUGCGUUCGUUUGAUUUCCUACGUUUUCUAAAACAACAAAAGAUAGCAGCUUCUUCCUCUAUGCACUUAACAAAUCUCUUGGCCAGGAUAGAUUUCUCCGCUGUUUUGCUGAGCUGCAUGACUGCCGCUCUGUGGGAAUCCCCACCCACUUGCUGGCUACAUUCAGGGCUUCCCCAGCUCGCUCUGCCUUUCAUUGCAUUGCCAGCCCAGCCGAUACAACACCAAAUAUUCUGGAGAGCUUCGAUGCUCAGGCCCCCUUAGCAUAAUAUCCCGGCGGCAUCGACCGCCGGGUUUUGCCAGCAAAAAUCAGAGCCAUUUACUCGACCGUGGCCUCUCUCUCGAGCAACCACUCUUCGACAAAACCCAGAACGCAAUUAAAACUAGUAAUUUGAUAAAAAAAAAAAAAAAAAAAUAU